UGUACAGAUAUUCUCCGAGUGCAGGAUAUCGUGGUGGCAUGCUCAACUCGUCUUGAUUUCCUUCAUCUUAACGACUGUUAACAUUUGGAACGUUUUGAAUAGCUUUUUUAAUAGCAUAUUCUCUUAUUAAGGCAUGGUGUGCGCCUGGCUAGGGCUAUUCCCAUAGAAUAUAAUCCAUUCUAUGUCUAUGGCUAUUCACACAGGGAGAGCCCUGCCAGCGAUAGUCAAAUUGUUUGCUGAGCUGAGACGAAAAUGUAGGAUGUGUCCCAGGGUUGAACGGUUUUGGUUAUGGCUAAACGGAUGCUAUUGCUCUACUCUGCUUAAACGCGCCUUCUGGCGUUUAAUUAUACUCCCCAUACAUGUUUGGAGAUUGAUCAUCCAAAAUUGUCCUCCUGAUCAUCCAGGACUCAUCCAGGACACCAACGAGUACUAUUGCGAGUACGACUCAACAUGGGAGGAUCCAACAAGUGAAGAAACAAGUCGUAAGAGAACCAACAAUCUUUUUACCGAAACAGGGUGGGGAGAGCGCUUUGCUGUUGUUUCUACUGCUGAUGGCCCCAUUAAGAAUUUUCCUUUUUUGUAUUUACUCAGUACACCAUUCAGUCAACAAGGCAACGAGAUGAUAGGCGUAUGCCUAAUUUACAGUUCUACCUUGGACAGAGGGCCUCCUCCCCUGAUGGUUUCUACAUUGAGGACUUUCACAAUAACUGGUAUGGGGAUUAUUCAAAACUGGAAAGAGUUCACUCAUACAUCCAAUGGUUGUUCCCUCUUCAAGAACGAGGAAUGAAUUAUCAAGCCAAAGAACUCACCAAGAAGGAAAUUGAGGCUUUUCUUGAAGAUGAAACUGCAAAGAAGAGGCUGGUCAAGUCGUACAAGCUCAUGCUGGACUUCUACGGCAUCCAGCUGUCAAAUGACACAACAGGGGAAGUGCGACGUGCAAAUAACUGGCGCGACAGAUUUGACAACAUGGACAGACAUACACACAACAACCUGCGCAUCACCCGCAUCCUGAAGUGCCUGGGCACUCUGGGGUUCCCCCACUACCAGGCCCCACUCGUCCGCUUCUUCCUGGAGGAAACUCUUGUCAAAGGCAACCUGUACAAUGUGAAUGAGACUGUGCUCAACUACUUCAUUUCCGCUGUCAUUGUUCAGCAACAACGCAAGGAAUUAGUUGAGUAUGCCUAUAAGCUCUAUGAGGUCAAACAUCAGUUUGUCGUGCCUAAGAAGAUCAAGAGUACAUUUAGGGAAGGGACAUUCCCACGUAAUAAGAACCCAAUUGAUCUGAAACCAGAUCUGAAACAGAAUGGCAUAUACUCAGAUGACAGUGAUGACAACACUACCAGUCAUCAGUCUGUCUCACUAUGUUAACAAGGGUAAGCCAACGGAUAGGAGUGUAAUGGGAAAUUUGGUUAGUGAUUUAGUGCGAUUGGGAACGCCAAACAAUGUGUGGUUGACACGGUAUCCAUACCGCAUGAUAACGUGCGUGGUCUUGUGACUAGUUACACUUAGAGAAACAAAGGUACCAGUCAGGCCUCAAAGACUACUAGUGGAAGGAAUCAAAACACCAGUGCUGAUUCAUCCUCUGAGUGUCUACCAAUUAUGCAAAAUGAUACUGCUCAGUCCAGUUAUGGAGUAUUUGGUAACGGGAACUCUUUAAAUAUCCACCUACUCUAGCGCCCCACUACUGAUUCUCUGAAAAUAAUAGCUGCAGCUAUUAAGCAAUCAGAAUGUGGACCUAGUGGUGUAGUUUCAGAGACAAUUACUGAUGAUCGGAGAAAGCGAGCUAGACAUAAGCAAACAGAGCAUAACCUUAAACUUAGAAGAGUUUCAGAGGAAAAGACUAAUAAAGAUGAUGAUGAUGAUGAUAGAAACAAUAAGGGAGCUGCAGAUAAGCAAGAAGAGAGUGAAUCAAGCAGAGAGGUUUCAGAGGACAAUAUUAGCACGUCCAGUGAAAGUUAAUUGAGUAAGAAACCUGAAGAGAAACUGCCAUGCCCAGCAAAGGAAAAGUUACUCCAGGGAAAGAUUAAGUGUUUGAGAUAACGUGAAGAUUGAUUAGAGUAUUCACCCAUGCCCUGCACUAAUGAAGGGAGAAAGAACAAGUAUGACAUGAACCGGCGUGGGAGCCCGGCGAAACGGCUGGGGCGUGGGAGCCUGUCGAACCAGCUGAGGCCUGACGUGGGAUGGGCGCCUGUUGAGCCAACCGGGACAAGAAAAACUCUCGAGCCAGCUAGGGCGUGGAAGCCCGACGACCUGACUUAGGCACCCCUGGUUCCAUCAGCGGCGGCGCCCGGACCCGACGUCACCACCAACCGGAAAGCCAGCACUCCCCGAUGCUUCAUAUGAUGGCUUCAGGAUUUUGUAGGACUGACGCUGGAGAAGAGAAGCAGGUACGGGGAGUAGAACAUUUAAUAUGGAACAGACAUCAAACAGGACAGAGACAGCGUCAGAACCAUGUAUGCAAAGACAAACUAACUUUAAUCCUGAAGCAGGGAACAGAGCUUGGGAACAGACAGAUAAAGGGGAGGUAAUGACCCAGGUGAUUGAGUCAAGGUGAGUCCAAUAAUUGCUGAUGCUUGUGACGAGGGAAGGCAUACUGAUGGUGGCAGGAGUGAGUAAUGCUAGGGAGCCUGGCGCUUUUGAGUGGGAGAAGGCGUGACAAGAAAAUAAAUGUGAAUUUACUUAUUUUUUUUAUGUUUCAAUGACAAGUGUCAACUGCAAUUAGCAAUACUGUAGAUACCAGGGUUGGGGUCAAUUCCAUUUUAAUUCCAGUCAACUCGAGAAGUACACUGAAAUUUCAAUUAUUUUCAACGCUUAUAAAUGAGGAAAAUGUGGAUUUGGAAUUGGAAUUUGGUUUACUUCUGAAUUACAAUACCUGGAAUUCAAAUGGAAUUGACCCCAACCUGAUAGAUACACCCAAUCAGUGCUUUACUGCUGAUUAUACAAUUACAUACUGUUUCCAAUGACUUCAGACUAUAGCAAUCAAUGUGUUUACCAAAUUCUCACAAUAUCCAUUCCAGAUAUAUGCCUUAUUAUUCCUCUACUUUUUUAAAAUUGUGAUUAAACACAUACCAGUAUGUACACAAAUACAUUCAUAUUUAUGUACCAAGGAAGGUGAGGGAGUUAAUCAGUUACUUCCAUGUGAUACUUAGACAGAAGAAAAGUAUACGUAAUAUAUAAAUUACAUGGUAUCAUAAACUCAGUUGAAUUUAAAUGACCUCAAAAUCAGUUUCUUCAAAUGUGACAAAAAUCAUAAAAUAUGAAGUGGCAAAAUGACUACAAAGAUGUUCAGACCUUUCAACUACAAGAGCAUUGUACCUUCAAAUCCUUAAUUCCCAAUAACAUCUAUUUGCAUACAGUUAUGAUGCUGAAAGUGAAAGUCACAGUGUGAUUGAUUUACUACAGCGAAAAGUUGUCCAAAAAAGAAAAACAGUAGCUAGGUUUCCAUCCAAUUAGCGACAGAUUUUCAUGUGAAUAUUCUCAAAUCUGCAUAAAAACAAUAUGCGCAGAUUUUC